CACCGGCUGCACUCUCCAAUAAUUGCACUUUCUCCCACAGCCCACGCAUAUCAGGGAGGGGCGGAGGAACUGGUCUACUUAUUCCUAAUGACUGGAAAUUCAAACAGCUUGCACCCUCAUGCAACAACACCGCCUUUGAGUUUCAUGCUGUCACUGUCAUCUACCCUGUUAAAAUGCAUGUUGUAGUUAUAUAUCGUCCCCCAGGGCACCUUGGACUCUUCUUGGAGGAAUUGGACACACUUCUGUCAUCAUUCCCCGAGGAUGGUACUCCUCUGGUGGUACUUGGUGACUUCAACAUCCACCUGGAAAAACCACAGGCUGCUGACUUCAACAACCUGACUGCAUCGUUUGACCUCAAGCGAGUCCCCACUUCAGCAACCCACAAAUCUGGUCAUUUUUGGCACAUCACAGACCUCCACUGGGAUCCCUCUUAUGGUUUGGGGAGUGAGAACUCUGCGUCUGUUUGUGCCUCUAGUGGAGACCGUCCAACCCCAAAUGCAGGAAAAUUUGGAGAUUAUCUAUGUGACUCAUCAUGGGCUCUGAUAAACUCAUCAAUACAUGCCAUGAAAGAUAUUCUGUCUGACCCGGACUUCAUUGUGUGGACUGGGGACGAUACACCCCAUGUGCCAAACGAACGUCUGGGUGAAGAAUCCGUCCUGAGUAUAAUCGGCAACCUCACCCAGAUCAUAAAAGCUCUGUUUCCUAACACCAAAGUAUAUUCUGCUCUGGGGAAUCAUGACUACCAUCCAAAGAGUCAGAUGCCCCCUGAACAAAACAACCUUUAUGAGCAAACCGCAAACCUGUGGCAUGACUGGCUGGAUCCUGCUUCUAAAGAAACCUUCAAAAGAGGUGGAUAUUACACAGAAAACCUGCUGAAUCAAAUUGGUUUGAGAGUUGUGGUGCUAAACACUAAUCUCUAUUACGAUCAGAACAAACUUACAGAAAACAUGAAAGACCCUGCAGACCAGUUCAGCUGGGCUGAUCAAGUCCUUAGUGAUGCGGCCAAAAACAAUGAAAAGGUUUAUCUUAUCGGUCACGUGCCUCCUGGCUUUUUUGAAAAGAAGCGAAAUAAGCCAUGGUUCAGGGAAGAGUUCAAUAAGCGCUAUAUUGAUCUUAUCCAGAAGCAUCAUACUGUUAUACUUGGACAGUUCUUUGGUCACCAUCACACUGACAGCUUCCGCAUGUUUUACAGCCCAAACGCAUCUCCAAUAGGUGUAAUGUUUCUGACACCAGGAGUGACACCCUGGAAAACAACUCUGCCAGGCGUCGUGGAUGGCGCAAAUAAUCCUGGCAUUCGGGUGAUUGAGUAUGACACCAAAACUCUUUUGGUGAAGGAUGUCGUGACUUAUUUCCUGAACCUGACUUUCGCAAAUGUUGCACGGUCCCGUUGGGAGAAGGAGUACCGCUUGACGGAAGCAUUUCGCGUGCCCGAUGCCUCUCCUGCCUCAAUGCACCGCGUGAUUGAGCGGAUAUCCAAUGAGAAGUGUUAUCUGCAGAAAUAUUAUGAGUUCAACUCCGUCAGUUACGACCUCACAGACUGCAACAAUGACUGUCGCAUCGACCAUGUUUGCUCAAUGCGGGAAGUUGAUUUUAAGGACUAUGAGAAAUGUGUCUUAAAAGAGGGAGCAUCAGCAACUGGCCCAAUGCUGUUUACUUUAAUUCCAUCUCUGGUGUUGAGCUUAUUGUAUGUUGGAUGCUAACAGCUCAUUGCUCCGAAAAAAAUGAAAGAUAAUUGUGUGAAGACUUGAGUAAAGAAUUGUGUAAAUCAGAUAGUAAAAAAAAUUGCUUUAUAUUUAUUUAGCGAUCCAAAAAAAGUGCUGACUCAUAUUUCAUUUUAUUUAAAAAUUUCUUUAAAAAAACUAAACGUUUGUUUAUUUGUGAUAUGGAGACAUCAUGUGCAUAUAUGCAACUAAUGCAGAAAGAUUUAACAUAUGCAAAAUUUUUGUGGAAAGAUUUUUAAAAACGAUUGAAAUCUUUCAGCAUUAUUAUUAUAUAUUAAGUUAUUACAAUGCUCCAUGCACAUUUUAGCGACUUCAUACAAACUGUUAUCACAAAAAAUGAUUUCAUAAUCACGUAUAUCAUAAUGACUUGUUUUAUCAAUUGUUCAUAUCAUAUAUCAGUAUUUUCAUGAGAGACGGCAGAUGGUGGUUUUUACAUAAACAUUUACAAUAAAUAUUCAGUCCAUAUGAUAUACAUCAACCUGUUUGAAUCAAUCUGCUAAUUAAAACACAAUGACCCUACAAUAAAUUAGUUUGCAGCUU